UUAAGUGAGUACGAUGGCCACUCCCCUUCUGGCCCAUCUGAGCGGGUCGCUGGCCGCAGUGGGCAGCGGCAACAUCAUGACAGGCGUCUCCCGCUUGUCUGUGUUGGUGUACACAGGGCACUCAUAAGACUGAUAUGCGAUAGAUGAGACAGCAAGGGAGAUGGAAGACGCCUGCCUGCUGGCGGCAAACGGGGCAGCAGCCUUCCUCAGCUGUGGUCUGGGCGACUGUGAGGGGGAGGGAGUGGGCGGCUCAUCGAAAGUCACUGCCGACUGUCGCCCUUGUACGUGCCUGCUCUGGGCGAGCGACGUUCUCCGCUUGGCAGCCUUCUCGAAGAGGGCUGCUGUGGGUGAGGAGGCCUCCUCGGGGGUGGGGGAGUGGGGUGGCUGCUGCUCCCCUCGUGUGAAGAUCGACUUCCUUCUUUGCACGGGGGGAGAUGGGGAGAGGCCAGCGGGGGGCGGUACGAGCGUCACACGACGGCCACUAGUGGCUGUGGCCCUGACAGAGAGACACACACAGUAGGGAUGGGAGACAUCGGUGGGUGGAUUACCUACCUGCCGUCCAUCAUGGCGGCGACGGUGUCGGUGGCAAUCUUGACUCUGCUCGUCGAAGACUCGGCCUCACUUCGCUGUACCGACGAAGCCAUCGAGGCGAAGGCCACUGGCUGCCGCCGGGCGCCAUGGAGAGAGGCUCUUGAGCUCUUGCCUGUGAUGGAGCUCUGUGGGAACCGAUCGGGCAUUGAACUGUCGGCAGUGACAGAUAUGGGGAGGGGCAGUGAUGAGGCAUCGGCUGACGUGAUGGAGAUGUGCACAACGGGAAGGGUGGACUCGAGUUGGCGGGGCCGGAGCUCCUCCAGCUGAUAAGUGUGGGGGUCCCACCUGGCCCCCUGCAGGGUCAAGCCGUGCACAAAGUAGCCAUCACUUGGAUGCUCCGCUAUGGCCAUGGUGGUCGUGACGGUGUGGUGCAUCUGCACACGCUCCACAGGAAGCUGCAGCCUCAUGGCCUGCGUCAUGACCAUGGCCUUGACGAGCCGCGACGGACUGAAGAGGGCGCCCAGCCAGAAGGAGGGCGGCUCGUAGCCGAGGUUAGUGCCCUGGGGGUCCCGCAGCGCGGCCCACUGGCUGAUCCACGACACCCGGGCAGAGAGGGCGGCCAGCCAAGAGGCCAACGACGGGGGCGGAUGGAGAGGGUAGGGAAACGAAUGAGAGUACCUGCAACAGAGGAGGCAGACGUUUUCGGCUCUGGCUGUCAGUGUGUCUCGCGCACUGACCAUAAUUUUGGGAGCUGCUGGUUGGCGAUUCUGUCAAUGAGUGUCUCGAUUGGUUCUGUGAGGCUCUCUGUCCGGCCGUGUAGGGCCUCCAGCGCCUGGUGGAGACUGUCGCUCAUCAGCUGCAGCAAACUGUUGUACCGAUCCACCUGACGAAGGCGGAGACACAAGUAAGUAUACCGCAUAACAGCCCUCGAGGCAUUCAAUACCUCUGCGAGCAGAGCCACUGCAAGGCCGUUGACGAAGCUGGUGGUGCCCUCUCUCCUGGGCCACAUGCGUCUGUCCUCCUUCUGUAUCCCGCCCGCUGCCACCGACGUGUCUGCCGCCAGCGAAGAGGACGACGCAUUGCUGGGCUGACGCCUGGGCCUCUCCGCAACGAUGCUGGCCUUCUUCUGAAUAAUCGUGCUGCGCUUCUUUCGAAAUGGUCGUGGCGAGGGGGCGACCGACGGGGUAUCUUGUGUGUCCCGCUUGGCAUCGUCAAGCUGCUUCUGGCUCAAUCGCCUUCUCGGAGAGCCUUCAGUGCUCUGUGCAGCAGCAGAUGGGGCCGUGGGCACUUUCAGGACGAUCUUUGCGGGCAAAGAGUCGAGGACCCGCUGGAUGAGGGCGGCUAUUGAGGACGGGCGAAUGGCGUGGACUAAUGUCUUCUCGGUGUCGUGUUGCUCGUGAGUAUGCAUCUCGGCGGACAAUGUCAUGAAUGGGCCAUGCUCCGACGAAGGCUGCAGCGACGCGAGUGAGUGGAGGAAGCCCACUGUGUUGGAGCGCUCGAUGGCGAGAGCAGCGUUCGGAUGGAGACCCAACAGCUGAUACGUACAAAUAUAUACGGACACUUCGGCGCAGCUAUUACCCUCUCCUAUUCCUUUCCUGCGCAUCGCAUACCCUAGGGUCGUCAGCCUCCGGCCAUUUGUUUGCCAUGUUCCUCAUCUCUUCCACGCCCCAUGUCGCCAGCUCAGCCAGCGGCGGCAGGCAAUACACAGCAGAUGACACCUCAGGCAUCAGCGACAACCAGCUGGUCGACGAAGCGUCCGACAGAUUGACUAUUUUCGGUUGCAGGACAAGUGCCACGAGUGAUGCGAGGCAUCUGGUGUCGAUGGCGUCAGUGAGCCGGCCUCCGUAGUGCAGUGUGGACAGCACGAUGCGAAAGGCGUAGACAAGGGACGGAGACAGCAGGGACGGCGGCGUCUGAAGAGACAGGGGUCAUGGGACAUAGCGCGGUAUCUCGAUGCUUACCUGUGCGGCGCUUUGCUUUGAGAGGAAUAGAAGUGAGGCGUUGAGGUCGCUCGCCUGGAACUGAUAUGCAAAAUUGAAACCCAGCGACCCGUAAUGACGGCGUUCCUGGAACACAGACAUAUGUCAGCAUCCAAAUGGCAAAGAGUCUCGUGAUGCAUCUCACACACCUGUAGAACCGCAUGCAGGAAACACGUAGCCAUGACCACACGCCUCCAGGCGCCCUUAAUCUUUCUCUCGGCGUCCAUCCCACCAACGAUGCUUCCCCGCCUCUUGGCGGGCAGACUAUCGCCCCACACCGACUCGGCGACGGCCGCCUCAGCUGCCCCGCUGAACGCCUCUUUGAGGCCGUGUGGCGGCUCGAUAACCAGCGAUCGUGAGGCAAGGAUGACCGGCUCGGGGAAGCCUGGUGUUGGGAGAGACGUGAGGAAGAUGCGGAAGGAUGCGGGGAGGUUCGGGGUCUGUGCGGGGUCCUGUUGAGACGAGACGAGACAUGAACGCACGCAGAUACCCUUUGGCUGGCUGGGACAUCGCUGACAUAUCUUCCCUCUUGCCUGUAUUCGGUGGAUCCACUUCUCCAUCUGGCUUCGCCCUGUUGGCGCCAGGUGUAGAUUUUGGAGAAUCACCCACGGCCCCUCGCCGCGCCCUCUCUGCCUCUUGUCCGCCCCGUCGUCUUUCCUCUUGGGAUCAACAAAGCCGGCGAGCACCUUGUCCACUUUCCCUUCCUGCCCUGGCCCCAUGGACAGGAUCACGAGCUCCAACCCUUUCCGUAGUGGCUCGGCUUGGUCAGUUGCACGAGCGGCACUUGUAGGCACGGCCCAUAGAGGCUCAUCGGCAGAUGGAUGCUCGUCCGCCUGAGGGUGGGACGACGCAGAGACGUCUGCUUUAUCCUCCGCGGGCUGCGAUGAAGGGAAGAGCUUCUCGGCAAGAGCAAGAAGGGCCUAAUGAGAGACAGAGGCCGGUCACAACCUCUUGCAACGGGCUUGUGUGUUUCCCUGACCUCUGUUGGGUCAGCUCCAGGGCCAAAGACAAGCAGAAGGGGCUCUCUCGAUGUGGCCUCGCCCACCAUCUGCUCCAACUGAGCCGUCACGGACUCGUGUCUCCUGCCAUUGCCGGCUUCUGUCCCCUUCGCUUUCUCUCCCUCUUCACUUUGUUCCUUGCCGUCGUCUCCUCCGUCCAUGGCCAUGAGCGACGGAAAAGCACGAUCGAGGAAGCAGUGCACGGCACCGUGGAGCUUCGCGGGGAACAGGAGCGCAUACAGAAAUAGCUGCUCGAAGAGUGCCGACACAUGCGCUGGCGAGAUCUCAGUGGCUGCAUCAGGUGGGAAGGGUGAGGUGGUGGGCAGCACCAGGCCCACUGCCUGACAAAUACGGCCGAUCUGCUCGAAGGGAUCAGUGGUCGAUGUGGGGGAUGAAGGCUCGCCUCGUUGCUGCUGCUGUUGCUGCCAGGGAGAGAGAGGCUCGGUCACUGCUGUCAUUUCCAACAGCUUCAGCGCACGCUGGUCCUCCUGUACCCAUCAUGAGACCACCCAAGAAAAGAGUCUGCCUCUCUUUGUCUCCUUUUUCGAUCUCUUGCCUUUGUAAGUGCAUCCUUCCAUCGAUUGGUGUUGAAUAUCACGUGCAGCGGCACAUCCCUCAGCCAGCCGUUGGAAAAGAAAGUGGGCAGCAAAGUGACCGCCUUCCACUGCACAUACGGGAAAAUGGACGGAUCCGGUGACUCGUCGGGCAGCUCGAUGGCUGGGGGAGGGGCGUUGCGGAGGAACGGUGACAGAGACGGCUUGGCACCGUGAGCUGACGUCCGCUGCUCUGUAAUCUGCUGUGCCACCUGCAGACACACAGACAGAGUGGAGAGAGAGGGCGGGAAGUUCAUUCCAUUGAUCGAGACUCACAUACAUCAAUGAAGAAGCGCCAUUGCGCGUUGGUCAUGGUGUAGUUGCGCCGAUCUGCUGGUGAGGCUGCUUUCUGCUCCUGGCCGUACACAUGUGCACACAGCAGGAGGGAGAAGGGCAGCCGGUGACGCUCAAACAAACCCCUACAUGAGUCAGUCAAAAAGGAGAAUGCAAUGCAUGUAGACCCCGCUGCUUCCAUCUGUUUGUGUAUAUAUACGGACCUGCAUACGUGCUGAUAAAUGCUCCGAGUGACCUCCCCUUUCGCCUCCAUCAGUCGCACCUCCUGCGGCGUGCCCUCUUGCCUUCUCUCCUUCACAUGGCGGAUGGUCUCGGCAAACAGUUUCGUGACGGCUGCCAGCGAGAAGCGAUACAUGUGGUCGAGCCGAGGCAGGAGGCUCACGACGUGGUAGAGAGUGGCGCCCCGCUCAGCCAGGGGGAUGAACGGUCUGCGGCUUAGUGUCAGCUCUUCCGAGAGCUUCUGUGUCUCCUCCAGCCGCUGUCUGAGGGACAGAUGGGUGGCUUGGGCGUUGGCCAUUACCCCGAUCACCUCCUGACCCAUUCAGGCAGACAGGAACAGAAAGACAUGAGGCUGGGUGUGAGGCGUGGGGUCAUGGGUGUGUGUGACCUCAUCAUCGAGUAUGUUCCCCUCCCUUUCGUCCGACAUCACGUCAAGCGUCACGUGCUCGAGGCGCUUCAACUCGCUGUUGGCAGAAUGGAGCUCUAGGGCCACCGUCAGGCGUCGCGACUCCAUCUGCACCAAUGCGCGAAUUUAUAGCUCAGUCACGCACUGCCAAAUGACAGGCAGCAAGCUGUACCUGUGGUGCCUCGCAACGGACCACCUCCGUCAGCAGCUGUUCUAGUAGACUUUCGUGAGUCACACUGAAGUUGAUGACUGUGACCCGCGUCUGAAUCUGAAUGCACAUCACAUCGUGCGCCGCGUGCAGCGAUUUGACUGCCUGCCACAUCCAUCGGUGCAUUCCUUUCCUACCUCUGGCCGGAAGUCAGGCGUCGCCUGUGAACACCGCAGUGCGAGGGCGAAUCCAGAGCUCACUCCCACCUCCUGACCGCCCAGCCGCACUGACCUAUACGUCGUCGAGCGCUCCUUGCCCGAUUCCUUCACAAAUUGCAACAGGCACCAGUGUGAAAUGUGAGAAGUUUCUGACUGCUCUGCACCUCUUUCGCAGUAGGUCGGUGGUUUGUAUUGCAGAGGUUGAGCAGUGGGUAAAUGAGUGGCGGGAGGGGGUCUUCGCAGUCGUCCACUAGCAGGGGCCGGCCCUCAGAAAGAGCUCGCGUGAUUGCCGCCUUGAUAUCUGCUGCCCUGGCCUUCACGCUGAUGGGCCUGGCUCCAUCCCUCGAGCGAUACCAUGACUGACCCUGACCCUGCGCAACGAAGCAACAGGAAGCAAGUGCAGUGCGUCUCAUUUUGGGCGAGCUCACCCACCUGUGGGUCGAUGAGGAGUGGCCAUCGUCUGCACUGUGUGGCAAUGACGCUGUUCGUCAGACUGGCGGCGUCGCUGGGCAGCCCCUGCAGCUGCCACUGACACACCUGUGCAUACUCGGCUGGCGAGAGGGACCGGCGAAUCGUCCAGUUGGACGCUGCCCGGACGUGGUGGGUCCGGAGGAUCUGCAGCCACUCGGUGGUGAGGCGGUCUCUCAUUUCUUGUGGAAAGGGGCCACUGGAACAAUCAGGGAGAGACAGACGCACAACAACAUGAGAGUAGAUAUAUCCUUGUGCUCACACUCACAUAUAUACCAGUAUGUGAGGGUGGCCGUGGCUGCGAUUGUGUCUCCGAGUAGCGUGUCCACCUGUGUGUUGAGGUCGCGGAGCUCAUCUGUCCACCGCACGGCCUCGUCAGACAGCACUUCGGUCAACUCCUGUGUGCCACACACAACGAGACGUUACUACUUGGCACCAACACGCCCGUCUUCCCCUACCCCUCUCACCCACCUGUCCCCUCUUUAGUCUCCUUUCCGCAAUCUGUUUCUCUUCCCGUAGCCGCUCGAGGUCUGAUUGCGUCUCGUCGUAGAGUGCCUCGAGCCCCCCCAGCCGCUCGGUCAUCUCCGACAGCUCUGACUGCUUCUUCUCCAGGGCAUCCUGCGCCUCAUGGAGGCGCGCCUUCUGCUCCUCCAACCGCUGACGCUUCGGCUGCACCUGCACAAGGAUGCCAGUCGGGGGCCAAAGUGCGGUGUGUGGAAGUCGGGGGCCCGUCGCUCGGUUGUUUGUCUGCACUCACUCUUUUGAGGACGUGUGCAUAAUGGUGGAUUGCCCUGCACCAGAGACAUAAGGACUUGGCGGCUUGCGACUGACGCUCCACUGCUUGCGGGUCAAACUGAUGCGCAUGACCCAAGGCAGAGAAUGCACAUGCGUAUGGCUUCACAGUUCAGUCCGUGGCAAUCGACCUGCGGGUCGUCCAAGUAGGUCUGCAGCUUUUGAAGCAACCUCUCCGGCACGUGAUCUUUGUCAUAGCUGGACACACGCAACAAACGACGCGAAAGAGACGGAAUCGCCUCGUCUAGAUAGAUUGUGUGUCACUCACUCGAAGAUUCUGCGGACGAAGUUGACGUCUCCCAUGAUCUGUCGUGCAGUUGACCAGUCUUCUUUGUAGCCCAAAAGCAUGCACACGCACUCGACCACAAGGCGCACAGUCGACGGCGGGUUCUGGAAGCUCUUGAGCUCCUGGAUGUCCUUGCGGUCUAAACGAUCCACUGCUCGCUCGGCGCUGACGUAGAGACAGACAGACAGCAGGAGAGACAGACACAUGCAGCGAGUGCUCGUGUCGUCCUUCUUCCGUACCGUUCGUAGUCUCCCAUGAUUUCGUCGAGGUCGCUUUGUGCAUCGUCUGUAAUGACCCGCACUUGCUCGGCAUAAAGCUGCACGUCCUUAGCCUCUUGCUCAACCACACCACGCAAACGACUCAACGCAGCGCGAUUCUGGAUAGGUGAGACACAACAAACGAUGAGUGAGAGAUGUGGAAACCACCCAUCAAAGACACGCACCUCGUCCAUUUUCUUCAGCAGCUUUGCGGUGUCGUCUUUCUUCGCGUCGAGUGAUGGCUGCAGCGCCUCGAGCCGCCCCGAGAGGCUGAGGACCCCUUCACGCCCUGUCCGCAGCUGCUUGAGGCCCUGCUGCAGCAUGCCCUUGCGGGACGCUAUGAGGUCGUGGCGAGACAUGAACAGGUCUGCCAACAGCACACAUGGGAGUACGGCUGGAAGAUCCAUGCAUCUGUACAUGCACGACUGGCUGACCAUGAAACGUCGCGAGUGUGUCGAGGAAGUCUUUCGCCGUCACACACCAAUGAUGCCCAGCAGAGGCGGCGUCGCCCUCGCGAUCUUUCCCUCCAUCAUGAUGGGGCGAAGUCUUGUCCACUACUGAGCCGUGUGUAGCCACCAAGGCACGAGCCACAUGGCCACGCCAGCCCUCCUGAACAGACAAAGGGGAUACUAUGAUCCGUGGCAAAGUACGAGAAUCCCCGUUUGUCGGUCACCUGUAAGACAGCCACGGCGUCAGUAGGCAUUUUGAAGUUUGCGAGUCGGGCGGACGCGACGUGGUGGAAGUCAAAGUGGGUCCAAGGGUCCAACCAUGCUUUGUGGCAGUGAGACAGAAGGGGCGGAAAGUGCAGGCACUGCUGACGCAGGGAGGGGUGCGUCGGAGACAUGCAGAUGAAAAGGUGCAGGCGUCUCUUCACUCUGAAUCCGACACACAGCAGUUUCUGCGUGCGAAGGCAAUGCACUACUUCUCACCGUUGGUUGAAGAGCUUCAUGCGUCCGUGGACGUCUUCGUAUUCGUCCAGCACCUUCUCCGGCACAUUCUCAUGAAGCGACUGCACGAUCGAAUGCACAUCGUCCUGCACACAACACAACACAACACAACGCAACACAGAACAACACAUACAGGGAGAGAAGCAGAAUGCACCCUCUGCUAACACCUGCAGCUCCCUCCCUCACUCCCCAUCCCCUACCUGCGUCCACAGGUCCACCAUGCCCGUGCCUGCCAGCAGUCGGCUCACGUCUUCCCACACCAUUUCCUGCUCCCCAUCACCCAGAUUCACCAUGUGGCCAUCACUCACCAGCAGCACACUCUCACACCCCUCAACCCCCGCACACUUGAGCGCCCGCCUCUCGACGUCGCGCCAUGGGUCAACGCCCAGCAUGACGUUGCCCUCAGGCUCGAAGAGCUUGGCCCUCAAGAUGAAUGCUGCCAGUCGGCAGAGGGACUUCUUGCCGUAGCCUGUGGGGCCCAGCAGCAGGGCGUGGCCUUGCGCGUGCGUGCCGAUGCGGAUCAGACGUGUCAAAUGGUCCAGAGCAUUCGUGAAGAAGACCAGACUGCAUGGAUGAGGGCACGCAAGACAAACCAAACGUCUACACACGUGAACGUGAUAUACUUUGCUGGCUCACCGCAACGGGUUGAUCCUGCCCUGUGGCGAGAGGUUGUAUUCCUCGAGGUAGUGCGCCACCGAGUUGACGACACUGGAGUGCGCCAUCUCCUCAUACACCCGUGCAGCCACCUCCGGCCGCAGGAAUGACCCAAACCGUACCGCAUGGCCCUCACCAUCAGUCGGUGAGCCGUGUGAGGGCCGCCAGGGGGUCUGGAAGAGGCGCGCCAGGAGGGGAGUGAGAAGGUCGUCGAAGAGGGCUGUCUCCUCCUGGUGCAUCAGGGGGUCCCUCAGGGUGCGGGUGGUUUCAUGCGUCCACAGCCGGACAAGGGUGUCUUUGUUGGCCACAGUCUCUGGAUGCGCCAACAGCAGACCCUGUGGGACGCAACAAGCCACCAGUGUGUGUAUAUCAGAAGUCGCUCAGCGUCACUCACGUCCAUAACCCUUCUGACGUCCCUGAGAGAAUACGUGUAGUGGAACUUGAGUGGCGUCGGCUUGAACCUGUCCACGACCCCCUCGAACAGCACCGCUGUGGCCCUCACCAGAGUGGCCACCUGGGCCAGCACCGUGUUCAUGAACGGCUGCUUCGGGUGCAUCUUGUUGAAGAAAUGCUGUAGCAGCGGCAUGAAGAUCUCUUGGACCUCAUUCAGACCAGGCAGGGGCAUGGACACCACCUGAGAAAGGGACAUGCUCAUGCAUCAGACAGAAGACGAUGAUAUGUCUCUGUGCAUGUGUGAUGCCAUCCGAACCUUGAAGUGUCUAAGGAGCCUAUUUGGCACAUAAUGGGGGUGCUCGGACAUCCGCAGCGGGCCCUCACCCCCUAGAGCACGGGCAGUAGCCAGCACCGCCAGUCGCUCAAUACGCUUCCACCCCCAAGUGCCGGCCGUCUCUGAUUCACAGCGUCAAAGAGACACCAUGUCAUGUGGUGCACUGACGUCCCCCUCCCUUCCUACCGUUCCAUGCGUACACGCCUCCCCCAUCAACGAUCUGUCGCAGGCCCUCGAGAGUCGGUUUGUAUCCGAAGCGGUCUCUCUUGGGCAGGUUGACAUCCUCAAUCCAUAUGAUCCCCUGCCGCUUGGACGCAGGCUUGAGCACAUGAAAACCCUUCUUGCGCUGCACCGUCAGGCCGCCUUCCAGGGUCUUGACAAGGUGGGCCGGUGUGGACCCCCAUGACAUGAUCGUGUCCAUUGUCUGCCAUGUAUCGCCUCUCCUCCACUCACUCACAAGUUCACCCACAGUCCGCGUCUUGCCCGACGCCGCUCCCCCCACCAGGAGGGCGUGAGAACCCGCAUCGCCCUGCUGGUCCAGGAAGUGCUUCAGCAUGUGGGUGUAGCACACGGAAGUCGCGGUGGGCACCGUCACCUGCUCAAGGACACAUGGAGUCUCGUGUAAAGUUUUUGCUCCCGUGUAUCAGCCCUCACUUGCGUCAGCGCCUGUGCAUUUGCCACGGCGGCCAGGUCUGGAGGCGAUGCAAGGGCCAGCCACGGCACCACAUAGCUCUCCGACUCCCAGCACACGCAGAAAUCAAACACAGAUCCGUAGGAUGGCAACACACACCUGAUCAACCAAGGAGUCACGGGGUCUUCUGCUGGACAAUCGCCUCGUUCAGCCUUACUUUUCCACCUUGUCGACGCAGAGAUCGUGAACUCGUUUCCUCAGACCACGCUUUGCGUCUAGCCCCCCGCCCAAGCUCCACGCGAGAGCCGUGGCGAAUACGGUCGACAAGUAUCGCACCUUGUCGAAUGUGCCUACGCCCGGCCCGGCGCCCCAUCUUUUGACGAUGCGUUUGGGAUCGGGAGGGUCGCUAUGCGCGGCAGAUUGCUGUUGCGGCAAGGUGGAUGAAUCGAAAAUGGUGGAUGAAGGGAAGGGAUAGGGAUCAUUGGUUGGAUCGGGUUUUAGCAGGGACUCCAGAAGACAUAGGAGAGUGUCAAGCACCUGCAGACAAUGAUGUAAUGAUACGUCUUCCACACUGCAUCGUGUUGAAUCGUGUCUCCUGACUUGCAUCUCGUUGCAGAGCACAGAGUGAGGGUGCAACUCUGUGCGCCAGAGGUCCAGUGCAUGCGGCACCACGGCAUACAGCAGCUGCGAAAACUUCUCGAUUAUCUCGGGAUCGAUCCAGCUGCCCUCCUUCGGGGCACCACCAUUGUUUGCUGCGGGUGGUCUGAGGAAGGUGUCGAGCCACGACUUGAGUCUGGGCCUCCAGAAGUCUGGAUGUGCCGUGUGUGCGACGUAGACCAUGCCGCACCGACUGACCGUCGCAGGCGAUGCGUUCUCUAGCUCGUCCACCUGAGAAGGACACGCGCACCUGUCUCUCGUGUGUGGUUCGCUUCCUUCGUUCGUACUUCAAAGAGAAUGCCCAUUGUCUUGGCACUGAGUUUGAUGCGCUCAGAGUUCUCAAGGCAGAGGACCAUGCUGUCAUCGAGCACGGUGUUCAUGUUCUCGAUCCACAGAGGGUCCACCGGCCCAUCAAACACCACCCACUUGACUGUCUCCGCCGGCACACUGGCCGCCUUGUCCCUCUUGCCACCCCUGCCCGUGAGAGAGAGCGCCCCGCCCAUGAAGGCUCUGUCCAGCGGCCGGCUGCCUGCUGCCGCCAUCGCGCGGCAUGCGAGGGGCACAAUGCCGUCGCGCCAUUCCAGGGACUUUGGCUCAAGACUGCCGAACAUGUCCUGAUCAAUCAUAUUAAUGACACAUGGACAGGCGGAGGAGAGGUCUGCAGUGCGUUGCAUCGCUCACUUGGAUAAGGACGCUUUUUGGGUUGACCACCAGAGACUGCACCCCCCUCGCCACGUCGCUUUCUGCACUGCUGUCAUCAGACCUCUGGUCUUUCUUCUGUGUCUCUGUGCCUGUCUUCCGCGUGGCAUGUGUCGGUUGGGCGUGAGGGUCCUGCUGUGCGGCCAAAUGAUUUUGUGCGGCUGCUAGCACUCUCCACGUGGCCGAUUUGCCGCCUCCUGCCGGCCCAAUGAGCAUGCACCCGAACCGCACACGGCAGGCUUGAGACAGCUGCGUCAAAUCAACGUAUGAUGGAUAGCUGUGUUUCGUCAAGUCUCUCUGCUUUGAUUGUUCUUCCACCUGUUCCACUUUGAGGACGGCCUCUUUUUCUGGCUGCAGUGCCAGUGCCUCGAACGCUUUGCCGAUCGCGUGGCUCAUCGCCUUGGGCACGACACUCCCACCGACACUCUCACUGCCGGUCGUGGCCUGAGUGUGUUUUAGGUGUGGGAAAGUGGCGCGGAUGACGUCGUGGAAUAUGUGGACGUCCGUGUCGUGAAGCACGGGAAACACCACAUCCUGACAGAAUUACGAGGAGACAUGUAUGUAUGUGUUUGUGUCUUAUCAGUGAGCGAGUGAGUGUCCCUGACCAUGACGGCCCGCCAAAUGAACGUUUCUUCCUCCUCAUCUCUGGUGCCAUCGCCGCCCUCACUGCUAGCCCCACCAAUACUGCGGGCACUAAGAGGCGGCGAAGACCCAGACAUACCCCCUACUCCUUUCACAGACCUGAACACAACACACGGCGUAAACUUUCGCUUUCUGGCACGCUGAAUGGAUGCCCUGGCUUACCUUAUCUUUCGUUUGUGCUCCCCAGCGCUCUUUAGUAUUGCCUUGAGGGCUCUUAGUGACCAAUCAUAAUGCUUUCGUCUGGGCAGCAGGUGCGCCAGAAUGUCGACGCACGUCACCAUGUGCUUGGAGAGGCCUGUAGCUGCCAUGAAUCCCUCCGAGAAGAGCAGCACCUCCACAAUGAGGACCGAGUCAGGCUGCAUCAUGGCCAUCGGACGCAACAUCGCCUGGAAGGAAAGACGGCCACAGAGACACACAAUGCUUUUUGGGAGAGAUGUCCAUCCAAGAUUACUUUCAGGUUGUCUGGCAGCUCGGUUCUCCCCCCGUAUGUGCCGCCAUGAGCGGCGGGAGGAUUCAUGGUGACAGAAAGUCCAAAAGAGCCCCGCAGCUUUAUCCGCUGGUCUUCAAAGUCACAAUAACCAGCGCCAGACAGGAGGGCCUGACGAAUCUGCACCAGACCAAAAUAGCAGCGCUUGUGGCACUUGUGUCUCAGGUGUGGCUACAUGUCCUGACUCGAUUGUCUGACCUUAAGCAGCUGCUGAGACACGACGGACAUCACCUCCACGUCAAGCCGAUUGAACUCAUCAAAGCAGCACCAUGCACCCUCCUGGACGAGUCCAUUGAGGAGUCUGCCGAGUGUGCGGUGAUCGAGUCUGUCGGAGCAGUUGAAGACCAGACACGGCACACCCACUGCCUUGGCCAAAUCCUUCACCGACUCGGUCUUACCUGCAGGCACAUCACAACCCAUCAAUCCCAUCACUCGCACGCAACGCACGCCCCUCCCUCCCUCAGUCACCGGUGCCCGCAGGUCCCUUGACGCAAACACACAGGCACACACACAGAUUGAUGCACGAGAUGAAAGCAGAAGGAAAGGCAACAAGCAAAUCCCCACCGUGAGGCACGCAGCGAGCUUCAGAGAGAACGCCUGUGUGAUGGUGAGCCAGCAGCGAUCCGUCAGGGGUGUGAGCACCAGCCGCGAGCACACCCCCAUGUAUUCGUAUCCGUAGCAGAUGCGGUGGUCGAGCUGCUCCACCACACACGUCGACAUGGCUAUCGACGAGGCCGGCGUGCGGUGGUCGGGCGCGAUGGAGAGGGAGACAGGGAGGGGCACUGGGUGGCUGUCGUCAUGUGCUGGGGCUGGGGUUGGAGGCACAGACGGCAGCGCAGAUGUCCAGUAGUACCGGAGACAUUUGGUCCACUCAAAAUCGCUCGCUGAUGUCACCUGCACGAGCAAUGUGUGUCUCGCUCUCGAUCUCAGUCAGAUGGAUACAUGUAUUCACCUGUUUGGCGAUGAGUGUCUGGGUGACAUCACGAUUGUGCACAUCAGCAGUGAUGAGAGCAUACACCCGCAGCCGCUGCAGCAUGGUCAGCGGCUCGUUGAGCAGCCGCACCAACGUCACGAGCGAGUCCUCACACUGCUUGAGCGCAUUGUUGAGGCCCUCCAGCACCUCCUGCACGCUAGUGGUGGCCGACGGCUGGAACGUCAGCGCCCUCUCCACUGACUGGCACCACAGGAUCUGGGAUGCCACACUGAUGACCUGUGCAGGUGCCUGAUAGCUGAGCAUCCACCCAGCUGCUGUCCUGUCAGGCUGCCCAUAGCCGAAUAGCGUCCUUUGCAGGGUCCGCUUGAGGCUCCUCACCAUGUUGUCAGCAAGCGUCGUCAGCCACUCGUCCAGCACAAAGCGGAAGCGCACAUGGAUGAUCGGCAGUGUCUCUCCCUCGCCAGAUAUGAAACCCAGUGUGUCAAAGAGAGUCGGGGAACGAAUUUUGUCCUCCUCCGGGCCAAAAUCCUGUCAAUCACAGAGAAGGCAUGUCUCUCUGUUUAGCGGCGAGUGCUUUGACUGUCAAUAGCUGACCAGUCUAUCGACGGCUGCGAACCAUUUCUUGUGGUGCUGUUGGAGGCCUUUGGGAUCACGUGAUUUGGUGAGGAUGUCCAGCAGCUCCUCGUUUGACAGGAAGUAGAAGCGGGGGAACGCCCUACGCUUCAUCUCCACAUAAUCGUCCUGAAUGUUCCCAUAUUCACUGGUGGCAACCGCGGACCAUGCCUCGACUCGUGCGCAACUCCCUUACCAAUUGCUUCUUGACGCCUUCGAAAGCUGUGAUCAUGCCCUCCAGCGCCUCACCUAGCCCCUGCUCCUCCAGUCGGUCCAGCACCAGGGGCACCAGCAGCGUCUCCUUCAUGAGAUUGCGCCACACGCCGUCAUGGUGAUUGAAGGUUUUCCCCUCCUGUAUAAGCUGCCGCUGGAUGUCGAUAGCUGCCGCAAACAAGCCAUCUAGAAAGCGCCAGAGUUUCUGGCAGUACAACCACUUGUCGAUGAGGUCGUGCAUGCGUGCGAUGCGUGUCUGCCACAGAGCGAGGCGGUCUUGGAGGGCUUCCAUGAAGCGUGACGACGCGACCGUGUUGAUGAGGGUGAAGGACUCGUGGAUACAAGAGAUAAUGUCGUCCAUCGAGCCCAAGAUGUAAGUCUCCUUGCCGGCACUCCUGCAGCCAUCAUGAUGCACGUAGGCAAAGGGGAUCGAUCUGAUUGUCUCCCCUGUCUGUGUGCACUCACUUAUAAUGUACAAGCGGCAGCUCUCGCCUCUCCCAUAUCCUUUCCACGCGGUCCAGAAGGUCUUCCAGUGAACUCUCCUGCGUCGCUCUAUGGGCGAUGCUCUGAGCGAGACAAUGCAGCCAAUGAAAGACAUGAUGAUGCAUUCAAUCAGUGCUGUGUUGUGGCAGCCUCCGUACGAUGAUGGGUGCUGCAGCCUCCAGGAAUCCACUCUCUACCAUCUGCAGCACACUCAUCAACGAGACACUGGAAGGCUCAAACCCUGUAUACACAUACACGAGUAGGGAAUGACCAACACGUCUCAAAGGGCAUGUCCUCUGUCGUCCUACUCCACGUCUCACCGGUGCCAACAUGCUGCUGAAUUGCCUCCCAGUGUCGAUCUGUGAGCGACCGAUUGCUCAGCGCGUCUAUCAGCGGACAGCAUGACUGCAACAAGCCGGAGCGGCUUUUGAGGGCAGCCACAGGUCCGCAGGGAGGCAGCUGUCUCUCAGCGUGUGAGCAGGCCAGCAUGAGGGGGUGUAGGGCCUCUUGGAGCGCUGUAAUGUCCACCUCGGUGAGCAGCACACACGACCACUUCUCUCUUAUCAGGAGCCAGUCCGCCAAUCCGGUCCACAGCUGAAUGACAGGAAAGGAACGCUUGUUUGGGUGUAUACAAGUCGUGUACACGUACACAUAUUAGUUGCGUCACGUUGUACUUGCCUUCAGCUUAGUUGCGAUGGUGUCUGCGAGAGGGGCGUGCUGAGUGAUUGGGGUCACCUUUAUGCGCAGGGCCUGCAUAGAAGUGUGUCCGAUCGAUCGAUGCACUUCACUUAGACGAAGACAGGCGUGCACGUCUGGUGCCUACGUACCUCUUGGUAGCCUUGGUACUCGUGGCAUUCCUGCUUGAGGGAGUCCACCUGCUGCUUCAUGUCCUCCAGCUCACGACUCUUCUCUGUGAUGUCCCCUUCCUCAGUCGCAUCCUCUUUCUCCAGAUACUCUGACAGGUGCUGGGGCUCAGGCGCAAUCUGAUUCACGCCGAAACUGCCUGAGACAUACCACACACACAUACACACACACACAUACACUCUACCAUUGCUCGCUUUAGUGGCCUGUGUGUCACGUCACCAUCAAGAGUCUGCAGGGUGAGAUAUCUGACGUCGCUAAUCCGGCUUGCGAUCGCGUCGAGCCUCUUGACCACUGUCGGCAUGUACUCGCUAACGUCCUUGGCAAAUCGGUGUGUGUUGCGGGCGACGCUGCUCCACACAAACAUCAUCGUGGUUCGCACAGCCCGAAGGCUUUCAUACGCCGAGGUCACGCCAGCUCGGACGCUCUACAAAGCAACAACAGACAAAGUAAGUAAGCGGCGCUGAUUUGGUUUGCUCACCGGUUCGACGAAUAUAUUGUGUUCUUCCAUGACGGUGAUGAGCGCAUACGACUGGUUGAGCAGCGCCUGCAUGUCAUCGACCUGCAUCUGUGCCGUCCCGAGGUACUCCAUCUGCCGCACAAACGCACCCACUGUGGACGGCGGAACCGACAGACACCCUUGGGUCGCGUCGCACCACUCCUGAAUCCUAUGCGUGUUCUUCCGAAUGAGGUGAGGGAAGAGGCAGUGGACACGCAGCAGCCGCGUGCACGGGGACGGGAGCAGCUGGAGCUUCAUCUCGUGCAGCUCCAAGUUGAUGGGGCCGAUCUGCUGAGCCCAAGGGAUCUUCCAGAACUCAGUCACCUGUCCACCGAAUAUCUGCAGCCACGCCUUGAGACGGUGCUCGGGGUCUUCCAGCCAGGAGUCGCCAUAGAGAAUGGACGCCUCGUCUGCCUCAGCGGUGGCAGCAUUGGCCCGACACGUGUCAACAAGGGACUCAUACCAUCUCAGAAACUGAGAUAUGGAUGCGUAUACCUGAGACACAGGGGGAAGGAUACACACGAUACACCUACUGAGACACAUACAAGAAAACAUUUCCAUCCAUUCACCAGGCCUACCUCCGACGUGACGGUAGCAAGCGCCGCGACGUUUGAUGGGCAUUGUGGGUGCAGCUCGAGCAGCGGUAGUACAUCUAUCAUUGGCGGCUCCUGCGGGAUGUCUAGUCCCCGGCCCACAUGUUUGUCCCAGUCCUGCAGAAACUGAUAAAAUAGCUUCAGCUCUGGCAGCUGAGAAAAGCGGGGCACCACUUGCACGCACGCAACGCCCUCAUCGACAGCUGACCACGGAUAGGCAAGGAGAGAAACAGCAUUCACUGGUGCACAGAGAGAGAGAGAGACGUGCCAUCCGAUUGUCUCACCUGUCAUGAGGGCCACCACUAGCUCGUUUGAGGGAGGGUCGAGCUCAAGGGAUGUCGGAGUUGGCGGCAUCGGGUACCGAAUGCUCAGCUCACUGGUUUCGCCGGUCGGCACAUCCACUUUGUCUGCCUGAUCAUCCAUAGGCAUCGCCCUCGGCCGUGCCGGGUCGGCGAAUCCGGCCUUUUUGCGCACGUAACCCUCUCUCCUCUCCCACCCCUCCCCGCCCUCGGUGGCUGCACGGACUGAAUGGACAAGCAGAGAGACACGCAAGAAGAGGAUCCCCCUUUUACUCUGAUUUGUACCACGGACAGUGAAUAUUGGUGAUGUCUCCGCUGCCUCCGACUCAGCUGAUCUUGUCAUCGCUAUAUGCGUCCUUCUUGACGUGUCUCUCUUGAUCAUCUUGCCCAGCACCUCAGCGCCCCUGCAAGAUCCAUGGACAAAUGUCAAGUGAUGGAUAGCCCCUGUGCUGUCGCUUACGGAGACUCGAUCUUCUGUUUUCUGUCGGUUUUCUGGUCAGCCCUUCCAUACAAGUGGAUGGUCUUGGGGCUAAUGGUUGGCUUGUUCUGCUGGGGGCGGCUCUCAGGCAGGUUCAUCAGGCGCCCCACCUGCUGCAGAAUGGCCUUGAUACCAAUCGUAUCGCUCUCCGGCUCAAUGGGAGGAGAGGAAGGAAGGUCUGCAGAGAAAUUCAUGAACAGACAUGUGAUGGGUGGGGUCUCUCUCUGCACCUGGUGGGAUGUCGAAUACGGCUGCAAACUCCUCUACAGAUUUGGCAACGAGAUUGACGAGGGCUGCCGACACAAGGAACUCAAUCAGGUAUGCCACACGGAUGUACUGCACCGACAACUGCCGCAGCUGCGCCCGUUCCCAGUACGACAAAUCCUUGGGCAAGCCUGCAUAACGUGAGAUCGGCAAAUCGACAGAGACACGGCUUCGGGACCACCUCCAGACCCUGGGUACCGAGAAGGUCGAGCAGGUCUCCCUCACAUCUGAUGACACUCCAUCCCAGCCCCCCUGUAUUCGUCACAUUUCCAUUCAACGAGCGUACACCACGAUCAUUGGCGCGUCAUUCAACUACCGUCUCUCCCACCGGUCCUCUGUAUGGGUGUGAGUUCAAGAGUCGCCCGUCUGCCCUGUAUGAAGGGGCUGCUUGUCUCGCUGUCGGCAGCAAUGUCCUCCGCUUCUUCGGGGGGCGGCAGCGGACUCAGUGUCGGCGCAGUGAGGUGCAGAGUCGGCCGCCAUGACAGCGCCUCCUGGGAAAGGGGAGUGCUCUGCAGACAGACAGACAGACAGACAGAAAGACAAACCGAGCACACACAUCCACCGAUGGCUUGAAGUGUUUAUGUAGUGUCAGCUUAAAUACCUGCGUCGGGCUCUGUUGUCUCCUUUGCUGUGACGGGAGUGGGAUUCCAUCGGUGGCCUCUUCUUUCCAUUGUUGGAGCUGCUCUGCCGCCCUCUGCAUCGAUACUUGCCGCAGGGCGCCCAGCAGGCUCUGAAAUGUGGUCUGCGUGACGUGCUGCAGAUAGGCCACCUUACGAUGCAGCUGGCGGGUCGUGCUGAAAGUGAAGUUGAUUGAUGAGAGGCGUACAAGACAGACGGAUAUGUGGAAUUUACUAACCGCUCCUGGUGUUUGUGUUGGAUCGCUGCGAAUUCGUUGAGGGUCAGCUCUCCUGAUGUCAUCUCGGUCUGCAAGCACCUGCCGACAUCCAUUCAGUCCACCGAUGGAUACUCAACAAGAUGACUAACAAGUCAGCUAGUGCCGUGCUUGCCUGAGGUCUUCGACUUGAAGGCACAGCGAUCGGCAUCGAAGGAGCAAAUCACGGAAUGGCGGGUUCAGUAGGAACAGCUUGGCCUCCAGAGACUGAAGAAACGAACCAAUGAAGGAACGAACCCAUCAAUUUCUUUUUCGUCUGUUCACUGACUCACCUGGGCGGCCUCCUGCGUUCGCGCGCGUGCCCUCUCGAGUCGCCACAGCUCGAAGGCCUUCCAACGCCUGCUCUUAUCAACACGCCCACGAACGGUUUGGCUUCACGUGAAUGCUCACUUAAAGGUCUUGAAGAGCUUGAUCUGUGUGAGUUUGGCGAAUAUGGCUCGGUGCCUGAGCCAGUCGAUGAGCGUGUCGAACUCUGUCGGCUUGUUGUUUUCAUACGACACGACACCCCUGUAUCAUACGUAUACACGCACAUACAAGAUCGAUCGAUCGAGCUUGUCUGUCUGUCUGUCUGUCUGUCUGUCUGUCUGUCGGCCGUCUCGACUUACCUGGCGCUGAUGGUUGUGUAUGGCUCAGCCACGACUCCCCCUGCGCCGCCUGACUGCCGCAUGAGCUGUUGGAACGACACCACCUCGACAUCGUAGGCGUGCGACGGCAGCUCUAUAAAGGGGCUGUGCUUCACGUCAGCAUACUUGGGCACUCGCAGCCGGCGCCGACGCACAUACACAAAUGCCAUGCACCGCAGCACAUCCUGACGACGGCCAGUCCGACACUUGCAUCAUUGAAGGGCGUGGUUGAGUGAAAUGCCUCAAUACUUGUGUCGUGAGCAGUCCGGCGAUGAAGCUCUCCAGGUCAGAUGGCGUGGCGGCAUUAGCUCCCUCGAACGACACAGCUGGCCUACACUAGCCCAUCGACAGAGGCACACAUACAGGAAGACAGACACACGUUUGUCGCCUGCCAAUGAUGUCGGCCCGGGAUUGCUCCUCACUCGUUCCUGUCGUGGGUGCGUGUGGUGCGGGGGGUGGACCAGACUGACACUGGGGAUACGGACGGAGGAGGCCGCUGCGGAGUGACGAGCGAAGCAUCUAGCCGAGGGCCCUGAACAAGAAAGAGGGCAGCACAUCACACAGCCCCACUCCCCAUCAACAGACUCCCGAUGAAUGGAUCUCUGCUCAUCCUGCAUGCCUUUGUGAACAGCCUUGCCGUGCCGGGGGCCUUCUGCUUCGCGAGCAUCUGCACCGCCAGAUCAACAUCCACACCGCUGCUCCAAUUUGGCGCAGCAGCUGCAGACGGAAAAGACGCGGACAGAGACGACAAUGCAGACAGGCAUGAGCCAGUCAAGAUCCUCGUGCAGUUUUGGCGUGCCCAUGCGUCUUACCCCCCUUCAU